AUGCUCUUGUCACCGUCAUCAGCACGAACAAAACGAGAAUCAGUAGAAACUACGCAUACGCGUUCACGUUCGCCACAAACACAACAAGAAUCCGUUAAAACAAGGCCUACAACUUCACCCUCAACAAAAACGUCAGCAUCACAAAAACUGCUUAUAAAAGUCAAGGCAAAGAAAAAAUCGCAUCGACAUAGACGUGCACAAACAUCGUCCGAAUCUUCGUUAGAUUCGACGUCAUCGUCCUCGUCAGACUCACCAGUAAGGAAAUCGUCGCAUCGUCGACACAAGCGUAAUCGCACAUCCUCACUUUCACGAGUAAAACAAAAAUUGUAUCGACACGAGCGUGCCACAGUACGGCCACAACUAGUACCAAAAAAGCCAACCAACACAGAAAAAGAACUAACACAGGUGCAAUUAGCAGAAGAAAACCUAUGGGAUGCAAUCCGAUAUUCACCAAAAAAGCUAUCACAUUCACUAUGGGGUUUACCAGUACGGCCGCAAUCAGCAGUUGAAGAACCGUGGUAUAGAUAUGAACGUGCACCAAUACAGCCCGAAUCAGAAGUACAAGAGUCAACUCAUCCAAUGACUCGUUCACCAAGGCGGCCACAACGAACUGUACAAGAAUCAUGGCAACGAUAUGAGGAUGAACCAACACAGGUGCAAUUAGCAGAAGAAAACCUAUGGGAUGCAAUUCGAUAUUCACCAAUACAGCUACAAUCAGGAGUACAAACGCUAACUCAGCAAAUGAGCCGAACAAAACCUCGAAUAGAAGUACCCGAGCCAGCGUAUGCAGCUCGAUAUUCACCAAUACAGCCACAAUCAGGUGUAGAAGAGCUACGGCAGAGAUAUGAGGGUACACCAGUACAGUCUCAGUUGCAACUACAAGACCUACUACUACAUUCAAUUUCGGGUUUUCCAAUACAAUCACAGUUAGCAGUGCGAGAGUCAACUGCACCAAUAUGGCGUACACCAAUACAGCCACAAAUAAAAAUGAAAGAACCAACUGUACGAAUACGGGGUCCUUCACUACGGCCGCAAAUAGUCGUACAAAAGCCAACUCAGUCACGAUUAAUAGUACAAGAGCCACCGUGUGAAAUUAUGACUCGCCCCACCGACCCAGACUUUCUCGAUAUCAUAGACAAGCCGCAAGCAACACGAAGAUAUCCCGACGGAGUUUGGCGUACAUUCAUCUCAACACGCAUCACAUUAAAUCCUUCCGGCACAGAUCGCAUAAGAAAGCACGGCGAUUUGGAAGGUGCCCUCGAAACGCAGCAGAAUUUUGUUCGCCAGUGUCCAGGAGUUUCAAAGGUUACUUCGAAGAUUCAAUAUGCUACAGGAGACGUAGAUGGUGCUCUUGAAACACAAAGACAAGGUGCUGAAACGAUAUCAAACAUUGCUGAUGGUACUCCAGUAGUCGGGCACGUUAAAGCCGCUGUUCACUAUGCUACUGGAGAUAAGGAGAGCGGCGAUAGAGCCAUGAUAAGUGCCACUCGUACAACUGUUGUAUUGGCCGCCGGCGCUGUUGGAAUGGCUGGUGGACCUGUUGGUGCUGCAGCAGCAGGUGUAGCCGCAGGAGCCGCAUUUGACAGUGCUCAUACGCUAGCUACUAACAAACCACAGGGUUUAUGUGCCGCUGUAGACAAUGUGGUGAAAAAUCCCUCGCCUGGAAAUGUUUUCGAUACGACUCUGGCACCUGUAGGUGAUGCAAUGACAGGUAUGGUUGGCGGCAACCUGGCCAAAAAUGUUCAAAAUGGCAUUCAGCUGAAGAAAGCUGGUAAAUUAGCUCGUCAGGCUGAGGUAGUGAUGGAAAAAGCUGACGCUAAUCGUAGUUCAAUGACAUCAGCUCAAUAUAUGGCGGAGGGGCAAAAAGCCGGCACUCUGAAUGAUCUUGCACAGAAACUUCGAACUGAAGCGAUCGGUCAAAACAGUGGUCCUAAUCGACCGAGGCUUUUAGGCGGAAGUAAAGAUAGUGCUACCAAAGGUGGGUCGAAAUCAGGCAAAGGUGGGGCCAACCUGUCGAAUGCUCAAGCUCCACAGGCCGUACCAAGCUCCUCAGGAUCUCAAACUCCAGGACAGUCGCAGCGGAAUCGAAGUGGAAAUCACCGUACAUAUCCAACUCCAGCGGGAGCAAACGAUCAAGUGAUAAAACAAAUACUGAACUACAUAAAAACCAACAUUACAAGUAAUGAGAUUCCAAGCAAUGUCACAGACUGGAUUGGCAAAAUUCUUGACGAUCCCAAUCUUCCUAUGAAUCGUUUUCAUGAGAACAAUGCCACAGUCAGCCGUGUUGUUCAAGUCGAUUAUAACUUCUCAGGGCGAACUGCAAGUGGGCGAGAGUGGAGAAUUCAACUUUCAAUCAAUGCUGACUAUGCGAAUGAAGCAAGAGGACAAGAACCACACUACGGUGGUGAAGUUGAAUGGACAGGUGUCCAUAGGGAGGGCAGGUCUCCGGGUAUACAUAUAUGGCUUAAGAUAGUGCCAAAUGGCCGACUGAAUGAUCCAAAUUAUAAUACGAAAGAAUAUCGAAACUGGCAUGAGACGAAGAAAUUUGAUGAUGGAGGUACAGCCGAAUGGGAGUAUAAGGAGGAUGCUGUAAAUGGUAUUUAUUUUCAACGUGAAUUGCGGUUUCAUAACCAAAAUCGUCAAUCUAAUAACCCUUCUCAAGCAUCAAAUUCCUUUAAACGACAAUUGACAAAUAUGAGUUUAUCUGGCGAUAAUUCAGGAAAUAGGCUAUCGAAUGAUAAUAAAAAACUACGAACAGAUGAAACUGGGAGGGAUGAUUUUUUCGAUGUUGAUGAUCGAACGGGACGGAGUUAA